UCUGCUGACUGGUAAGCAGGGCUGAGGGGAUGUUGUUGGUCCUUCCUAAUCGGAUUAUUUGACCUAAGAGGACACAACUUGCUCAGGAGGGCAGGAAAGGGACCAGACAAUCUGCACUCUGUGCUUGUAGGACAAAAUGCCACUUUUUAUAAACCGUGACCAAAUAUUUGCACACCAGGUGCAUCUGUUAGAGCACAAAUUGAGGAGAAAAGAGGAACGAAUACUUGAGCUGGAGACAGAGAACGCUAUUCUUCAUUUAAAACUUGCUGAGUGUUUAGGGAAGCUGCGUCAGGACCAUGAUGCGGACACCAGGGCUGAGACUCAUCACCAUACAAAUAAGAAGAUUUCCCUGUCGGCCCUUCUCAAGCUCCAUUCUCAGGUCCAGGCUGUGAAGCAAGACCUGAGAGAAGUGUUCGCAGUAUGUGUGAGCUUUGCCUCAGAGUUAAAAGAGCAGAGCAAGCUGCUGCUGGAGAAGGUUGAGCAGGCCACAUCUUCUCUAAAUGGUCACCAAGGAAAUGAACUUCAAGGCAAGUGUAACCAUGUGGAACCACGUGUUAAAGAUGUAGCACCUUCCUUGUCUCCUAUAGAAACAUUUUCCCCAGAUUUGCAGGCUCAAGUUGCUGCUUUGGAGCGCUCUCUGGAGGAGGAGCGGGAAAGGUGCACAGCAGAGAGGCAGAGGAGAAAAGAACUCCACAACACUCUAGUGGAGCUAAGAGGGAACAUUAGAGUUCAUUGCAGAGUGCGUCCUGUUCUGCCUUUUGACCAAGUCCAGUCCCCCAGCUGUGCAUCAGGGCCUGCAUCAUCAGAAGAAGUGGUCCAUCCCAUCAGUGAUGACACGCUGGUGGUAAACUGCCUGAGAACAGGGAGCCCCGUGCAACAGAAGAUGUUUGAGUUUGAGAGAGUCCAUGGACCGGAGGACUCGCAGGAUGUUGUGUUUGAGGAAAUCAAGGCACUCCUCACAUCUCUGUUGGAUGGUUAUAAUGUGUGCAUCAUGGCCUAUGGGCAGACUGGCAGUGGGAAGACUCAUACCAUGAUGGGCUCCCAGCUGCUGGAGGAGCACUCAGGGAUGCCACAAGAAGAUCAGCAGGGAAUUAUCCAAAAGGCUGCAACUGAGGUCUUCCGGCUUAUCUCUGAGAAGCCACCAGAGAGUCACACAGUGGAGGUGUCGGUGAUGGAAGUGUAUAACAACGAGGUGUAUGACCUGCUUGCUAGAGCCGAGCAGGGAAACGCUGCAGGCCAGCGGCGGGACGUCAUCACCACCUCCUCUGGUGCCAGCCAGGUCACAUCCCUCACGUAUGAGCCUGUGUGUAAUGCCUCUGAGGUGAUGCAGAUUAUCAACAGCGUCGUGAAGCUGAGGGCUCACAGUCCAACCCUCAUCCACAGGGACUCAUCACGCUCUCACCUCAUCGUCACCUUCACCAUUUCCUCCAAGAGCCUCGAUGCAGUCACCCUGGCCCGCAGACUACAGACUGCCAAAAAGGGCCUGCAGCAGUCCAUUCACAAGGAGUGGUGGAGUCCACGUUGCCGCCGGGCCAACCCGGCCGCCCGCCACUCACCCGACGAGCUGCUCGCAAGCCCCGCCUCCUCUCCAUGUCGCUCCCCGGGCUUUUCUCCCUGCCCCUCCCCGAGGCAGAGCAUCUCACAGACUCCGUUCAGAACCAAGCUGCAGCUGGUGGACCUGGCAGGAAGUGAAUGUGUUGGUAUGACUGGAGUGUCAGGGGCAGCUUUGUGGGAGGUGUCGUGUAUAAACCGCAGCCUCUCGGCUCUGUCAGACGUCCUGGGAGCUCUGACUGAACAGAGACCUCACGUCCCCUACAGGAACAGCAAGCUCACACAUCUGCUACAGGAUGCUAUAGGUGGCGACGCUAAGCUGCUGGUGAUGCUGUGCGUGUCCCCCACGCAGCGCUUCAUCACCGAGUCCCUGCAGUCUCUUGCUUUUGGAACCCGGGCCCGCCAGGUCCAAAAAGAGCGACCCCAAAGGAGAACUAAUAAAGUCAAAGUUAAAUGAUGGACACUGGAAGGAAAAGGGGCCCCUUUAUGAGUCAUGCAGACAGUGGGAGAUAGAGUUUGGGAGGAGACAGAAACGAGGCGAAAGGCCCCCUUUUAUGGUCUUGAUCUUUUUACAAGGAGCAGCUUUAAUGGUCAGAACUGUUGAUUCUUUUUUAGGUGAAGACCCAUAGUAAAUCCAUAUUCACAGCCUUAAACAGUGAAUAUCUCUUUGGUGCAGUUAUUGGACAUCUGAAAUCAUUUUCAUUUGCGUUUACCUUAAGUACAACUCAAGUCUAGAAUUGAAAGUCUUUAGUAAAAUUAUUACAUUUGUGGGUUAUUACAAUGCCAACAUCAGGCCAAGUAGAGGUAAUGAAAUGCUGUAUUUAGUCCCUCAACGACAUCCACUUUAAACUUAGAUGGAAGCUGCACAGUGUGAUACAAAGGUUUUGUAGUGACCCGCAUGUACUCAUUAUACCUGCAGCGGCUUUGCCUUCAAACAUUUAAAAUGAUUGGGUGCAGUUUUGUUUGACGCAUAUUUAUACACACUGAAUGUGUAAUCAUAUUUUUUUUAUGAGCCAAUCUUUCAAAAGUCCUGGUAGACAAUUGUGUUCAAUUGUAGGUCGGUUUGUACCAAAACUUACUGUCAGUAGAUAA